AUGCUGCAAAACGCGCCCAUGUCCGUUUCUUUUCUGUCUAUGCACUGUGAGGUUCUCCUGAUCUCGACUCGUCUCAGGUUCAAGCGUGUCGGACCGAAUGCUAUGAGGGGAAGGGGUAUCGGUACAGCUCGUGGACGUGCGACUAUCAUGCGCGAUUUCCCAACCCACGACCUUCCACUCUACACCCCAUUGUCACACGAUAAUCCAUUCUUCACAGCCGAAAUCUUCGAUGUUGAGAAGUUUUUACUCUCUCGAUCGCACAUAUCUUUACCAGACUUGCGCUCUGAACUCCGUGACUAUCAAGCCGAAUUGAAGGAGGAACUGGUUAAGCUCAUAAACGAUGAUUACGAGGCAUUCAUUAGCUUGAGCACUGAUCUGAGGGGAGAAGGUGUGAGGCUGGAGCGAUUGAAGUAUCCUCUUCGUGAUCUCAUAUCCCAGGUUCAGGAAUCAAGGCGUGAUUUCCAACUCAUCCUGGAUGACGUACAGUCUAAGCUCAAGGCAAGGUCUGCUCUUCGCGAUGAGGAGGCCUUGCAUCAACUACUGCUCAAAAUCUCAGAAUCGGUCUCUCGCCUCGAAUCUCUUCUCCUCAUCGCCUCCCCCGAUGGGAACCGCGCAAAGCAUCUUGCUCGAGUGGCUGCUGAAUACACACAGCUCUUGUAUCAUGUGACAAAAGCUCAAAUCAACCAACGACCAGCCUUCAUUGAUGAUAUCUAUUGGCGUAUUGAGAGGAUCAAGUCAUCUUUGUCGUCGGACCUCGAUCAUUUGUUCGCGAACACCCUGUCAUCUCUGACCAACGCCAAGGAGGCUAAUUUGACUGAAUGCUUACAGACGUACGACAUCCUGGGCCUCUGGCGAGAUGCUGAAGCCGUCGUGAGACGAGAGCUCGUGCAUGAUUUCGUCAAAAAGUCUGUCUACAUCGGUUCUAUGACAGCUCCGCAAACUCCCCUUCUUCCACGCACUCCCUUUCCAAUAUAUCGGUCGACAGAAGCACUGACUCAUCCUCCACGCACACCUUACACGCCAUUCACCGCCUUCGCAUCGAAACAAAAUCCUUUCGAGUCAGCGAUCACGUCAGUUCACCUUCUUGACGACACCGACAAUCCUCUGGCGGGGCUGUACAACACAGUCCUCAAGUUCGUUGAGCGCGAUCUUAAACGAAUCAUGGAUCUGGCCGAGAAGGUCAGUGUGAAGCACGGCGCGAAGGCUAAGGUGACUGUGAGUGAGCGGUCUUCAUUGUCUCAACCCAUGAGAGAGGAGAGCGAGACCUUCGAGUUUCUGGCCAACGCAGUGUGGGCAGAGUUAGGUAGAGCGAUCAUGGACGAACUGGGUGCUGUCGUUUUUGCCGCAGGAAAUCCUGACGAAUUCCACAAGAAUUAUGAAACGACCAAGGCAUUCAUCCGUUCGCUGCAACUGUUGGCACCAUCACUCCAUUCAGUUGAAGCAAUGAUAGCGCACCCAGUCUACACCGCAUUCGAACGACGAUGGCAACUUCAUGUUUAUUUUCAGCUGCGAUGGAAGGAAAUAGUCACAAAGCUAGAGGAACCUUUGUCCACGACCAAGAUUGAGCCUAUCUCAAGUAAAGAUAUCCAACCGUUCAUGACACUGCAGUCGGCUGCCGUAUGGACCGCGAUGGAAACCUGCUGGAGUAGAGAAGUAUAUAUCCCGGAAUUGAGCCAUAGAUUUUGGAAAACGACUCUGCAAGGCGGUACAGCGGAAAGCGUGGUCGCAGAUGACACGCUCAUAGCGCAAUGCGCCGCUGCGGUCACAGAUAUCAACGCAAUGCAGUCCCGGGUGUCGACGCUAUGGCAUGCAUUAAGACUGUCCCUACAAGAACUUACUUCCCUCAUACCUCCAAUGUCUACGAACAUUGUCACGAUCCUGAGCAAGCGUUGUUGUGAGGCCUUGACGCCUGUUCGCUCCAUACCCUCUCAGUUCCGGGCGAUGUCCAAUAAACGGAUGCCAACGGAUCCAAGUUAUUUUGUAGGGUCCAUACUCCGCCCGGUGAAGGCAUUUUUCGCAAUCGGGACUGCGGAGGGCCCAGGGCAGGCUUUGAAAUCCAACUAUUUGAAGUCAUAUUCCGAAGAGGUAUUUGAGAACGUAAUUCAACGAUAUAUCUAUUACUUGGCUGCGAUGAAAAAGACGGAGGAGUCGCUGAGGCGACUGAAGAAGGGUAAAAAGUCGACCUUCUCGCUGUUCGGAAACGCGACCACUGACAAAGACGACGACAAUCGAGAUGAGGAACGCAUCCGGACGCAAAUGAUCCUUGACGUGGAAGCUUUUGGGAGGGAUGCGGAGUCGCUGAGUGUCGAUAUAAAACAUAGCGCCAGCUUUAAAUCCUUGGACGAUAUGGUACAUACCGGUCUUUCUGAAGGGCAGCCAAGUUGAGUGGGCGAGAUGUGAAGAUGGGCACGAGGGUGAGACAUACGCAUUGGUGAGAGUCCAGAAUUUGGAGGUGAGGAAGACUGGGUUACGCUGUGCUGAGCUUGUAUGCAGCCUUGCGGUUAAUUCAUAUACACCUUGGAUG